AUCGUUUCUCCCUCUCCCGGUAUCGGCCCCGCGUCUCUCUCUCUCUCUCUCUCUCUCUCGCUCUCUCUCGUCGGCAUUGCCUUCGCGCCUCACUUCGCCGCUGGGCCUCUCUCCCUCUCGCCGGGGUUAUUGUCGCCGCCGCUCACCUUCAACCAUAAACGAUGGCGAUCUUUUCUCAGAGCCCUGAUAUCCAGGGCGAGCGCCAGUAUGGCCAGGACGUUCGUACCCAAAAUGUGGUGGCCUGUCAAGCGGUUGCCAAUAUCGUCAAAUCAUCGCUUGGUCCGGUUGGCCUCGACAAGAUGUUGGUUGAUGAUAUUGGGGAUGUGACAAUUACAAAUGAUGGGGCCACGAUUCUCAAGAUGUUAGAAGUCGAGCAUCCAGCUGCUAAGGUUCUUGUGGAGUUAGCGGAGCUUCAAGACAAGGAAGUUGGAGAUGGGACCACCUCUGUGGUUAUCAUAGCAGCAGAAUUACUUAAGAGGGCCAAUGAUCUUGUGAGAAACAAGAUACACCCAACAUCUAUAAUUGGUGGAUACAGGCUCGCAAUGAGGGAAGCCUGCAAGUAUGUUGAUGAAAAGUUGGCUGUAAAGGUUGAAAAGCUUGGAAAAGAUUCCCUUAUCAACUGUGCCAAAACCAGCAUGUCUUCAAAACUUAUUGCCAGUGACAGUGACUUCUUUGCCAAUUUGGUUGUAGAUGCAGUUCAAGCAGUGAAGACAACUAAUGCAAGAGGGGAAGUUAAGUAUCCAAUCAAGGGCAUAAACAUUCUUAAAGCUCAUGGUAAAAGUGCAAGAGAUAGCUAUUUGCUGAAUGGCUAUGCUUUGAAUGUUGGUCGUGCUGCUCAAGGAAUGCCUACUAGAGUGGCGCCUGCCAAAAUUGCCUGUCUUGAUUUUAAUCUUCAGAAGACAAAGAUGCAAAUGGGUGUUCAAGUGCUAGUUUCUGAUCCAAGAGAACUGGAGAAGAUAAGGCAAAGAGAAUCUGAUAUAACAAAGGAGCGAAUUGAGAAACUUUUGAAGGCUGGAGCUAAUGUUGUCUUGACAACGAAAGGGAUUGAUGAUAUGUCACUUAAGUACUUUGUGGAGGCUGGAGCUAUUGCAGUCCGAAGGGUGCGGAAAGAGGAUUUGCGUCAUAUCGCCAAGGCUACUGGUGCAACUGUGAUUUCAACUUUUGCUGACAUGGAGGGAGAGGAGACUUUUGAUUCAUCACUUCUAGGGUUUGCAGAUGAAGUUGUGGAGGAGCGAAUUUCUGAUGAUGAUGUAGUUAUGGUGAAGGGUACAAAAAAUUCAAGUGCGGUUUCACUGAUACUUAGGGGUGCUAAUGAUUUUAUGCUGGAUGAGAUGGAUAGGUCUUUGCAUGAUGCUUUGUGCAUUGUGAAGCGAACCCUUGAAUCCAAUACGGUUGUUGCUGGCGGGGGUGCAGUUGAGGCGGCAUUGUCAGUAUACUUGGAAAAUCUGGCCACAACUUUGGGUUCCAGAGAGCAGUUGGCAAUUGCUGAAUUUGCUGAAUCUUUUUUGAUAAUCCCUAAGGUUCUUGCUGUCAAUGCCGCCAAGGACGCAACUGAGCUAGUUGCAAAACUGAGGGCAUAUCACCACACUGCCCAAACAAAGGCAGACAAGCAGCAUUUUUCAAGUAUGGGAUUGGACCUCUUGAAAGGCAUCAUACGCAACAACCUAGAAGCUGGUGUCAUCGAGCCUGCUAUGAGCAAAGUCAAAAUUAUCCAGUUUGCAACCGAGGCAGCCAUUACAAUACUGCGAAUUGACGAUAUGAUCAAACUUGUCAAAGAUGAUCAAGAGAAUGGCGAGGAUUAAAGCUUAGUGUCAAGAUUCUUGAAAUUAACCCUGAUCCUUGGAUUUUUUGUGUGGCCUUGUGUUGUUUCUCUUCUGUAAAUCCCUUCUGUGGCAGCUGUGUUGGGUUUCAAAGCAGCGAAAUAUAACUCAUCUUGAUGUUGGUAGUAGUAUAGGGAUCACAGAGGAGUUGUAAGCUUGUGUUUACAUUUAUUAUGAAAUUUUUUAUAGAAGACUUAGCUGUGUUCUAUUGUUUGAAUUGGUCAAACCGUUGAGCUGAGGAAUGAAAGCAUUGGUGGUCUAGUGUUUUGCUUUUCUCAA